GGUGCUGCGUCAUAACCUUAACCUAGCACAGCAACUGCAAUAAAGUAUAAACACAAACAGAAGCAACGGAUACAAUAAGAAGAAAGCUUUUCCUCAAUCCUCGUAUUCUACUCUCACUGGAGCAAAACUACGACCCCUUCUGCGUUUUGACGUUUCGAUUCUGAACCUAACCUUUUCAAUCUCAUAACUCGUUGAGGAUAGUGUAUUUUCUAUUUGCAUAGAAUCAUGGCAAGUAAAGCUGAAGGUGACCGCAAGGAACCAAUAAAUGAACAAGCAGUUGCCAAUACCUACGCUGCUAUGAGGUCUGAGCUCAACCAAAUUUACUCCAAAAUAACUGAACUGGAAAUGGAAGUUAGUGAGCACACGUUGGUUAUUAAUGCCAUUCAGCCACUUGACCAAUCUAGACGAUGCUAUCGAAUGAUCGGAGGAGUGCUUGUGGAGAGAACCAUCAAAGAGGUAUUGCCUGCUGUGCAGCGAAAUAAAGAGGGACUUGAAGAAGUUGUUGCAAGGCUUAACGAGGCAUUGGAAAAGAAGAAAAAGGAAAUUACUGAGUUUGAGACUAAAUAUAAAAUCAGGAUAAGGAAGGCUGAUGCUGAGGUGAAGGAUGAAUCUGGUAGGAAGGAAGGGUCUGCUCAAGGAGUUCUUGUGGGUCCUGCAGGUGGAAGUGAAUGAUUGUCUAAUUUUAUUGUGUUCCCUCAAACUAAUAGCCAGAAAUUUUCUGCUCUCCUUUACAGUUGGGUGCAGGCAGUGUUAUGAUUUGCUUUAUUGAGUAUAGACUAAAGCAAGUAUAACUUGAUAUGUGACCUUCAGUUUAAUUUUAUUGAGCUGAGAAAAACUGUUCUUCAUUGGGUCGCGUGAUCAUGUAGAAAUUGUAUGCAAGACUAGAACAUAUGCCGUGUGAUCGAGGUAUUUUGUCUCCUACAUGUAGCUUUAUGUUUCACCAGAGUAGAAUACUUUUUCUUAGUAAUUUUAGCUUAAUUUGUUUUUUUUGAAACAUAAAGGCAAAGUAGUCUGGAAAGAAGAUUUAAGACACUGCAUUCAUGUCA